AGUGUGACCUCGGAGUCUCUACGUACCACCUUGCAAUCACUCGAUUGAAAUCAGGUCCGUGCAAAGACUUCAGAAUUUGGAAACAAGGGUCACCUCCUGACCAGAAAUUGAUAGACGGGCCAAUGAAAGAAGACGCAUCUAGAGACUGGUUGGAAACAUGAAGAAACAACUGCAGAUGUGGAGGACCUGCAGGAUGCAGGUCAGAUGCCUUUCUUUUCUCCGAGAACUGCCCAGGCACUCUCUAUAGAGCUGCUUGAGAUAAAGCAGGUUUUCUUAGUCUUGAUACCUGCAGCUUUCCCUGCUUCUCUACGCAGCGGGUAUCUCUAUAAGACAGAGAGCAGGUUUGUCUGUCUGUCUGACUGUGUGCUCUGCUUAUAUCUGCUCUAUCUUUUUUCUCAGGUCGUUCCAUCAUAUGUACAGUGUCAUGUCUCUCUCAACUCCCUUGGUCACUCCGUCCUCCUCAAUCGUUUCAUUAGAAACCCCCAUCAGCUCUGCCAACGUUGCGGCCAACAUAUUGGUCAUUGCCAAAGAUACUUCCUCGGCUAGCACUGCGUCUUCUGGCCUCAAUGCAUACGGGAUUCCUUUCACCACCCUCAUUGUACCCCAGUCAGGGGUAGCCCUUCCUGCUCUCAAUAGUAGCUUGGGAGGGAAUUUCGGAGGGAUUGUCGUUGCUUCCCAGGCCAGUUACGAUGACGCCGGCAACGCCGGCACAACGAACUACGAAAGUGCCCUGACACCGGAGCAAUGGGAUCAGCUCUACGCCUAUCAACUAGAGUACGGCGUGAGAAUGGUACAGUACGACGUCUUCCCCGGCCCUGAGUUUGGUACAACCGAUGUCUCGGAAUGCUGUGAGACCGGGGUCGAGCAGCUCCUCUCCUUGACUGAUGUCAGUGACUUUCCCACCUCGGGUCUAAAGACUGGUGCCGGGGUGAGCACUGCUGGGCUCUGGCAUUACCCAGCAACAAUCACCGAUACCAGCACAACCAAGGAGAUUGCCCUGUUUGCGGCCAACUCGGUCAUCUCUACAAACACCACGGCGGCAGUCAUCAACGACUUUGGUGGCCGCCAGCAAAUGGCUUUCUUCCUUGCCUUUGACUGCAGCUGGAGUGCCACUUCCAAUUACUUGCAGCACGUAUGGAUCACAUGGAUCACCCGUGGCCUCUAUGCCGGGUACCGUCGUGUCAACCUGAAUACCCAGAUCGAUGACAUGUUCCUCGAGUCUGAUAUUUACCAGCCCAAUGGGACCACGUUUCGGAUCACACCUGGUGAUCUCGACGGGAUUGCCAGCUGGGUCCCCAUGGUCAACGCGAAGAUGAAUGCUGGCAGUACCUACGUUGUCGAGGUCGGUCACAAUGGAAAUGGGAACAUCGAAGCCGCGGCGGACAGUGCCAGGGAUGCUUCAGUUUGCAAUGGUGGCGGGAUUGAGUACAAUUCCCCCCCGGAUACCUCCCUCGAGUUCAAGAAGCCUCUAGGUACCGGCACUAACCUAUGGCCUGCUUCUCGUACAACCUACAACUGGACCGCAGACUGCACCGAGCUUGAUCCGCUUCUGGUAUGGUGGGCCAAACCCAGCAACCGAGACAAGUUUGCCCACAUCUCGCACACGUUCACUCAUGAAGAAGAGGACAAUUCGACCUUCUCUGACGUUGACAAGGAGAUUUCUUUCAACCAGGCUUGGCUGGAGCAUGUCGGUCUCUCAUCGGGAACAUACUUUACCUCCAACGGAAUCAUUCCCCCGGCCAUCACUGGCCUCCACAACGGCGAUGCUCUCCAGGCCUGGUGGGACAACGGAAUCACCAACUGCGUGGGCGACAAUACCCGCCCUGCGCUGUUGAACACUGUCAACGAAAUGUGGCCCUACUUCACCACCGAUGCCGACGAUGGCUUUGCAGGCAUGCAGGUGAACGGCCGGUGGGCCACACGCAUCUACUACAACUGCUAUACCCCGAGCUGCACGGUGGAGGAAUGGAUCGCCACUUCUGCCGGCAGCGGCAGCUUUGACGAUCUCCUCGCGACGGAACGAUCUGACACCAUGUUCCACCUCUUCGGCCUUCGUCACGACCCGUACAUGUUCCACCAGGCCAACCUGCGCAACGCCGACGUGGAUCCCAUCACCAUCAACGGCGUGACGGCCAAAUACUCCCUCUUCCAGGCCUGGGUGGAGACCCAAGUCCAAGAGUUUGUGCGUCUGGCGGACUGGCCUUUGGUGACUCUCAAGCAUCAGGAUAUGUCUGCUGCCUUCUUGGCCCGCUACAAGCGUGAUGCCUGCCAUUACUCUCUCAGCUAUACCACCUCUGACCGGCACAUCACUGCCCUCACUGUUUCUGCAGAUGGGAACACCUGCAGCGAACCUAUUCCCGUCACGUUCCCUGUUGCCCCCACCAGCACCCUGGGUUUCGUUACCGAGCAGCUAGGUAGCGACCCACUGACCGUCUGGGUGCAGCUGUCUGGAUCUCCGGUGGUUUUUAGUCUCUCGACUCCUAUUCCGUGGUAGGAUGAUCAAUUACAAUGAUUGUUAACCUCGUACGCAGCUACCCGAACUUGUCAGUACCACUGUCUAUCUAUCUACCUAUGUAGAACACUACAUAACACUAGAAGAAUCAAGCAUAAUUCC